AUGAGAAAGUUUUGUAACAUUGACCGCUGGAUAUGUUAUGCCCUGGAACACGGUGUCUCUGAGCUUCAUCUAUGCACAUAUUUAUUCUGGAGUAUUUCUAUCCCAUCCAAAGUCUUCACCAGCACAACACUGGUUAAGCUGUCAUUGAGAUUUUUAAACUUACUAAGAGUUCCUUCAGAUACAUGUCUCCCAGCACUAAAGGUUCUCAAUCUUGAUUCAAUGUGGUUUGAGGGCAAUCAAUUUUUUGAUGUGUUUCUACCUGCUUGCCCUGCACUUGAAGACUUAACCAUACAAGGUUACACGUCUAGUCGAAUAUUCCCAUACGUCAUAUCCAGCAAAACCAUUAAGAAACUCUCAGUUUCUUAUUCAUGUUAUCGUUAUGGUGAUGAUUUUUCUAGUAAGAUUUUAUUUGACACACCUAAUGUGGUAGACUUCUACUACUUUAGUUAUCUUGGUGGUAAAUCUCCAUCUCCACAAUGUCGCAUGGAUUCACUUGCCAAGGCGAAAUUAAACCUUUGUUUCCUAAGGCGAAAUGGUGCGGAUAUGCAAAGUGGCACGGAUGUGACUGAUCUCAUUGGUGGGAUACGCAAUGUCAAGACCCUUCACUUGACUUCUUCUUCAGUCGAGGUGAUUUCGGCAUGCUGCAAAGGUGGAUUACCCGUGUUCAACAACCUCGUUGAUUUAGUUUUUUCGAGUAAAGAACAAGGUUGGAAAUCGCUUCUGCCAUGUCUGUUGCGUCGUUCCCCAAACCUUAAAACUCUAGUUCUCUCGGGUCUGGAUUAUUUCUCAUGUAGACGGCAUCGGUUUACUUGGAUUCCCCGAAAUAACCAAAUAAAUAUGUUGCGUAUCAUGAAGUUUCAAGGAUAUAAAAGCGAGCUGAAACACAUUAGACAUUUCUUACUUAAAAUGGAGUGUCUAGAAGUGCUACAAGUUUAUGUUGCAGCUUCAAUGGAUGGCCCCAAAAAGAAGCAACUCAAAGAGGAUCUGUUGGAGCUUCCAACAGCUUCCUCCAAGCUCAAGAUACAAGUAUACAAGUCCUUUAAUCCUCUUCAAUAA